AUGCGCUUCCUUGGAGCAAGGUUGCGGGCGGCGAGGGGUUUCAGGUGGCAGAUCACGCGCUACUUUGCGAACCUGGCCAGCACCCGGACGGAAUCAAGUUUGAAGACCGGUGCGUGGCAGGUGAGUUCCUGUGGCCGGGUGAGGUCUACAACUGGUCGGGUGAGCUUCGGCUACACUCUUCCGUCUGGAUACUGCCGUGUGGGCAUUAACAAACGGUUCUACUUCGUACACCGGCUGGUUGCAGCAGGAUUUUUGCCGCUUCCAGACACUGCCCGGUGGCAGGUGAACCACCUCGAUGGCGAUCCCUCCAAUAACCAUGUGAGCAAUCUGCAAUAUGUAUCGCCGGCAGAAAACACGCAACACUCCUGGCAGAGAAACCCUGCAAGGAAGGGAUCAGGAAAGCCCGUCAUGUGGCGAAUUAUGGGGCAGGAUGCCUGGCGCACGUGUGCGACGCAAGUGCAGGUCGCCAGCCAGAUGGGAAUAUCGAGAAGCAAAAUUUCCCGAUGUUGUGGCAGCUUACGUGAAGACAUGGUUGGGCCGGUUCCUGGCACUCGCUAUGAAGUCAAGUGGGUGGAUCCACCGCAUAAGCGCAGGCCUAUCACUGCCCUCGAUGAAGAGUGGCGAGAUGCCAAACAUCCAGACAACAAGGAUCUGAUUCCGGGCCUGAUGGUAAGCAACCUCGGCCGGGUGUGGAAUAGUCUGCGAGGUCAAGUUUCACAAGGAAGCAGAGAUGGCGAUGGCUACUUUACAUGUUCGGCCGGGGGCCGAAAGCUGAAGGUACAUCGCGUAGUGGCAGCGAGCUUCCUGGACCAGCCAGACUCCAGGCUGGAUAUCAAUCACAAAGAUUGUGACCGUGGUAACAACCACGUUGAGAACUUGGAGUACGUCACACGUUCUGAGAAUGCGAGGCAUUCGUAUUUGCAGAGAGUGGGGCGGCAGCGCGAGCCCAUAAACUGCAAGCCGGCGCAGGCCCGGAGGUUUAGUUGCAAAGGGCCUUGGCUUGAUUUCAAGUCCAUGCAGGCAGCAUCUGUGCACUCUGGGGUUUCGAGAUGGACCAUAUCAAGAAUCUGCCACGGUCGAAGCACGCAAUGCAGAGACUGGGAGUUUCGAUUUGCCGUGGAAGAGCCUCUGCCAGGCGAAGAGUGGCGGAAGGUGUGCCCAGAUGUUCUUGAGCGUGCUCGAGCGACCUCCGGUGACACGUGCUGA